AUGACAUUUAACUGGGACUUGAAGUACUGGUUGGAACACAAGGCAGUGGGGGGCGAGGAGCUGGAAAGUAUGUACAAAGGAACUCGAGGAAGUGGAAGAUUCAUAGGACAUGGGGGUCAAGACAGUUCUGGAAUCACAGAGAAGGAGGCUCGAACUUUUGUGUUUGACCCGAGGCCCCGGGGCAAAGCCCAAGGGACCCGGGCGCGCGCCAGGCCUCGUUGGCCGACGCGGCUCCGCGCGUGGCUGCAGUCGCUAUGGAAACGGCGAGAAGUAACAAGUCCAUCCCUCCCCCCCCGCCCCCCGGGGGUGAGGGAGGCCCGCGGAGGCAACGGCAGCGGAGGAACAGCGGCAGAGCCGCGCCGCCCCCGAGUUCAGCGCUGUGCCAGCCGAACCGCUGCGCCGCGCCCCCGCCCGGCCCUCGCCCUCCCCCAGCCGGCCCUCGAGUGCCGCCAGCAGGCGACCUCGCGGGGUGCGCGCGGCGAGGCUUCUGGGCAGAGAGGCACCUCCCCUGAGAAGCCCGCAGGGCGGCGUCCCGCGGGGAAGAUGAGCGGCACAGGCGCCAGGUCCAGCCACCUGUCCCAGCCGGUCGUGAAGAGCGUGCUGGUGUACCGCAACGGGGACCCCUUCUUCGCGGGGCGUCGCGUCGUCAUCCACGAGAAGAAGGUGUCCAGCUUCGACGUCUUUCUGAAGGAGGUGACGGGCGGCGUUCAGGCGCCCUUUGGGGCGGUCAGGAACAUCUACACCCCGCGGAGCGGGCACCGCAUCCGGAAGCUAGACCAGAUCCAGAGCGGGGGCAACUACGUGGCCGGGGGCCAGGAAGCCUUCAAGAAGCUCAAUUACUUGGACAUAGGAGAGAUGAAGAGGAGACCUAUGGAAGUUGUUAAUACAGAGUAUUGAGCUGUGUACGUGUGUG